AUGUUUCAGCCUCAACCAACGCCUUUUACCUCCUCCAGCUUCGCGUCAUAUGGCCUAGCUUCCAACUUGGACUUUGCCUUUCCCGUGUCUGCUGGAGGUGGAGGUACUGCUGCUAAUAGUGCUACUGCCACUACUGGAUAUUACAACCCUUCAGCGCCAUCACAGUCGUCGCAUUCUCAGCUCCAAUCGCAAUCGCUAUCUCACACUCAUCAACCACAACAACAAUCACAUUCGCACCCAAACCAACAUCAGCAGCAGCCGCCCCAGCCGCAGCCGCAGCAGCAUCUUGUUCACCAGCAACACAUUUCUCCUCGGCAACAUCAAAUUUCUUCCUCCUCAGCCGCACCUUCUGCUUCAUUGCCCUACGCCAACUCUACUUCGACCUCCGUCUCUUCGCAAACUUCAAGCUCAAACUCAAACCCUUCUUCCUCUCCAAGUUUAGCGCAACUCCAGAAUCAUCACCUUCAACACCAACACCGCCAACCGCAGCAGCAAUAUCCAACACAGGUGGUGCUCAAGAUGGAGGAUCAAGGCCAGCACGGCAUGGCAGCUCAGCAAGAUGCUGCUCGUCAUUAUCAGCCUGUUUUAGAGGGCCUCAAAGUUGGAAACAAAAUCCUCAGCGAUGUCAUUACCAACGAGUACGCAAAGGCCGACCCUGUUUACGUUGAAAAGACAAUCGCCCUCCCCCAGACCUACUCUCACUAUCGUCCUAUCCUGGGCGACGGCAACUGUGGUUGGAGAGAAAUGGCAGAGGAGAUGUUGGAUCAUUUGAGAGAAGUCGCCCAGAAUGUUUCCAACCCUCAGUACGCCCAUCAGUUGAACCACGAAAAGUGGAACGAGCCUGGAACUUCGGACAGCAUGAUUUACUACCUUCGUCUUCUCGUCGGAACCUUUAUCAAGAACGAUCCUACUACGUUUGAACCUUUUGUUACCGACGGCAGCGGCGUGGCGGGCUAUUGUGCCCAGCAGAUCGACAUUCCCAACCGUGAGAUUGAAGAGAUCGGUGUCUCUGCACUCGUUCAGAUCCUUCUUAAGCCUGCCGGUUUUGUUCUCGAGGUUGCCAUGCUCGACCGCAGCAUGGGCAGCGAAGUAAACCACUAUCGCUGGCCCGAAGAAGCUAACGGGCAGAACGAGGCCGACUUGGGCCCCAUCAUCUACUUACUCUACCGACCCGGCCACUACGACGUUCUGUACAAGUCCAUGACCACCCAGGUGCUUCGCGUCAGUGGCUUUACGCACAAUACCAACAUCACGACCGAUCAAGCCGAUCUUGGUCAAUACACCACUAUGAACUUUGAUGCCUUGUCCAUCAUCCCAGGCUUCAGCAGUUCUGCUGCUAUGGGAGGACUAGCACAAUUCGCACCACCUCCUCCUGCCAGCGCCGCAGAAUCCUUUUCGCCUAUACAGCAAAGCCCCUGGAUAUCGUCCUUCCCCGAACCUUUGCCCACGCCGACACCACGAGCAGCACCCCCUCCGCCACCUCCCAUCAUGGCGAGUCCUCAACCUCCUACACCACCCGCUUCGAUAUCCGGCAGUUCCGCAAUGGCACCAAGUCCAGCCAUGGUUUCUGCCACUGGCCCUCAAAACUCUCUUCCUUUGCGAACCGCUGCUUCCAACUAUCACAUCCGAUUCAGCCCUGUUCAAUUGGAGUACGACGAAGGCAAAAACAGCUUCCCUGAUUCAACAUUCCAAGUGACGACCAAUACGUUUAAGAACAGUAUUUGGAACAGAGCGCAUUACUGUAAUCCCAACUUUCACCCCGAAGAAUGGAAUCCCGACGACGAGCACACGGAUGGUAGAGUCGGAAGUAAACGUAGACCGAAGAAGGAGACGUUUUAA